UUCUUGCUAGUGUACCAUUUAUCAUACACAACUAGUUUAUCUUUCCUUCCUUAAAAGAGAAGUUCUUUGCUCAUAUGUCUCUCGUUUCUUCCUCGCAUUUCCUAUCGGUACUGAAUUUUUCAUUAAUGGUUUUCUUCUCAUAGGUUUUCUUUUGCCCUAACUUACAGAGAGAUGCUGGGUCUCUCAUAUGGUGAGAUUUUUCUCAUAUUGGGAGCAACCGCUGCUUUGAUUGGGCCCAAGGACCUACCUAUAAUUGCUAGAGCAGCAGGGAGGCUAGCAGGAAGAGCAGUGGGGCAUGUGCAGAGUGCACGGGGUCAUCUCCAAGAUGUAUUGCAAGUGUCUCAAGCUAGUCAGGUACACAAAGAACUUCAAGAUACCAUGGCACAAUUAGAUGCAAUUCGCUAUGAAAUCAGAAGCUUACGGAUCAUCAAUCCCACUCCAAUGACACGGAGUCUUGAUCAUACAGAAGUUACACUAAGUAGUGUACAGACGGAGAAAAGUUCCAUCAUUACAGAGAAAACUCAGGAGGCCCAUAGAUCACCAGAGUUCUCGCUCCAGAAUAAUCAGGAGAGUUCUGCCAGAUUGCAUUCACAGGCAACCGCAUAUGCCAUGCUAGCAGAAUCCCCAGCCUUGAAGAAGAGAGCUUUACAAGUAGGCAAUGGAGAUGCAAAGGAACUCACUGAAAACAUGGAUGGUCUCCUCAGUGUUCUUCCUGUUUCUGCAGAGAACACAGGGCUCCUACCAAAGCGAGCUGGCAUGAUGGCGUAUUACAGACGUUCCUCGAGGUUCUGAUCUCAUGUUAGAGGCAAUAAUCGAAGCAGAAGUGGCGCGUAAUGCCAGGCAGUUCUUUGGGGAGCAACAACACCAACUUCAAGGACACACUGAAGGAAACCCUGGAUCUUUGUAAUUUGGUAAUUCUUGUAAAUGUCAACUGCGAUUUUGUCUAUUUUAUUCCCUCUCCUAUUAGUUAUUAUUUCCGCUUUGACAUUCUCAUUACUUCCCGUAACAUGAUUACUUCCAUGUUAUGUGAUUGUGGGAAGCUGAUAUCCAUGUAAAUAGUUCCCCCCUAUGUGAGUAUCUGCAUAUUUAAAACAGAAACUGUUUAUGGGAUUUGUGGAAAAUUUUACCACUAUCCAAAUUCGUGAACAUCCCAUGGGUUAAAAUUUCUUGUUCU